AUGAAUCUAUACAAUCCUAAAGUAAAUAUCUAUAAAAGUUCUAAUACCACUAAAGAAGUCGGAACGGAUCCAACAGCUCAACUUGUAACUGUUAAUUCUUCCAUUAUUAUAAAUAAAACACCAGAACCAUAUAACGUGUCUAAGGAGGAAAAAGAUCCCCCUCCAUACGCCAAUGUGCCUAUAUUCCAACCAAAUAAGUCUUCACAUGUUGAGCUUCCACAAAGGCAAACUGUGGUAAAUAGUUCCUUAGGUACGCCAGAACUCCUAACGGGUUGUACUCCAUAUCCAUUGGAAACAUGCUAUAAUGAUGAUCGAACUAUUCUCCCUAUAGCAGACAAAACGUUGGUGCAAGUUACAGAAGAACGUAUGUCAGAUUUGUUACCAAACCAAGAACAAUCGAUUUUUUCUCCUUCUAACGAUAUUGCUUAUGUUGACCCAAGGGAAUUAAAAAGUUGUACCAUUGUUACUACAACCACAUUGCCGGCGACAAAGCAAAAUGAGAAAAAGUCUAAUUUUGUUGCAAGAACUGUGCCUACAAAAUUUUACAAAAAGGUUUCUUCCGAUUAUUUACAUUCGAGUUUUAACACGAAAGAUUCAGCUUCAAACGUAAGCGUAAUUUCUUCAAAGCAAAAGCAUCAGCGUUCUCCAAAGUAUAAAGCACAUACCAAUGAGUGUGACGAUGAUGGAACAGGGAAUAUAAUUCCAAACAUCACUGCAAAUUUACAAAAGAAUACACUUUCUUCUUCAGCUAUUCCCUUUAAUCCUGCUUCAAAUUCGGCUAAGACGGGCUUUAGUAAUAUGUCAUUUGAGGAUUUUCCAUCUGAUAAUGAAACAGAAGGAACGCCCACAAAAACUGCCCUGCCAUUUGAAGUUCUGCGCCAAAACAAAAUUUCUCUGGAUGCAGACAAAAAAUUUGGUUCUCUAAAGCGACGUAGUAAUUUGUUUUCCUAGAAAACUGCUACAUGUUUCAGCUUAUGAUCACAGAAACCCUCAUAAAAUCUAAAAACACAAACAUUAGAUAUAACAUUCCAAACGGCCUUAAUACCAUUGCAUACUUUAACAUUUUCUGUUGAUCUUAAUAUAUAUAUAAAAACAUGCUCAUUGUUGAAAAUAUGGAAAAGGAUGUACGUUUCCGUAAAAGCUUAAACGAGUGCAACUCUUUAAAUGUUUAUUUAUUUUUAUACGAUCUGGUAUUGUAGUAAGAAACAAGCUGACUUGCUUCAUACAGCAAAUUGUGAGUAUGUUUCCUAAAAGAAGCAAUAUAAAAUGUAGCCACAGUGCUGACAUUCUGUUAAAAAAAAUACUUAUUUGUCGACUUAGGGGAAGUAAAUUAUAGAAACAAUAUGCUACGCUCUAGCAACAAAUCUUACCAUAAAUUUCUACACAAAAUAUUUAUAAAACUUGGAAUUUAUAACAUUAGCAGCUCUAUAUAAAUCAUUUAAACUUUAUCAUUAAUAUAAAUUAUAUUAUCACAUCAUGUUGUGGUGUAAUAUGUACCCAUUACGACCUAAUCGCUAACUAAAAUUCUGCGAAGUUAGGCUAAAGAAGCCUGGCACCUUUUGAUGGAAUUUAAUAAAGUUAUUUUUCUUGUAUCGUGUCCUUGCGGUCUUCAAUAAUAAAUACGCUAAAUAAUGAGGGCGUAUAAAAAAAGAUGGAAAGGUCGACCAAAAAUAUUUUUAU